AUGAAUUCAGACCGGAUGGAUAUCGAACCUCGUCAUUUCAGCCUUCCCAUGGAAGCUAUGGAGGCGUUGAUUCGUGACCAGGCUACCAUGUUUGCCAAGAUGAUUGAGACGAUGAAUGCAGAUAGGUUUAAGGCUGGUACGGAGUCGAACCCUGCGGCUUUGUUCAAUCCGCGUAAUCCCGCAAAGUUGAAGAAGUUUAUUUCGGAGGUUGAGACGAAGGCUCAAUUUCACGACAAAUAUUGGGAUAAUAAGGUGGCUUAUGCUCAAAUAUUCAUGGUGGGUAGCAUAUUUGAUGAUUGGAUUCCUUGCGCGAUCCGUAUCUUGAAGUAA